UCAUCUCCUUGAGUGUCCUCUCUUGGACUUCGGGAUUCUCAUCAUUCCCUCAAAAAUCUCCCUUUGACUUCUGGAGACAAACCUCGAUGCGAUCUUCCAACCCUUAUGACUCUCAUGAUUUCUUCACACCAUUGAUGACCCCUUACUCCAUGUUUAAUGGACCCUUGGACAUGGUAAGAAGACAAUCUCGUCAACAGGCAGUCAUGAUGGCUGAGAGGCUCUUGUCCAAGGAUAUCGACGUUUGUAUGCAACGAGAAUUUUGCAAGUUCGGCACUUACCGAGAAGAGGAAGCCACUGACGAGACUGAGGCGGCCAGAAACACCAUUGAGAUGAUGCAAACCAUGUUGAAUGAAUUUGGAGAUGACAACGUUCAAAAAUUUCCACAUAUUCGGCAAUUGGUGGCCUCCUUUGGAGUUGGACGACAGACAGAGGAUAUGCAAAUGUGCAAAUGGCUCUUCCCUUGCCAAACCCCAAUUGAAGCUACAUCGGUGGUGAGUGGAAGGUCUACUUGUAAGGCUGCUUCCAAAGUCUGUCCCGGAAUUGCUAUCACUUGUGGUCUCUGUUCAAUUCUGUCCCCUCAAACUUGCUCUGCCGUUUGCCCUGUGACGGCCAUUUAUUGUGGUACUUCGGGCUAUGUGUGCGCCCCAAGUCCCGAAAAAUCGACCACACCAGCGCCCUCUCCCCCAACUACAACUCCUUCGACAACAGCAGCGCCAUCUAACGACCCUCCCAGGUCCGGGAUUGACGAGAAUCGCUUUGGAAUGGACACUGAUUUUACACCAACACGAUCAUCCUCAGAUCGUUUUGGCGGUGUCCAGAUCAAGCCUCGAAAUUUGAAGGCCGAUGCCCAAAUGGAACCAGAGACAUUGCUGAAGGUCCCUAGAUAUGCCGACUGGUUUUGAAGUCAAGGUGACUGAUUAUUAUUUCUGAAGAAUGUACGUAAUUGAUUCCAAUAAUGCGGAUCAUGGUUCCAAUUAGGGUAUUAUUAUUUGGGACGAGGAAAUAAAACGCGAAAAUGAUUUUA